AUGCUUCCCCUAAUUCUCACUGAUGAACAGACUCCGUUACACAUCGCCACACUAUGUGGAAGCGCUGAAAUGGUGUACCUUCUUUUGAAAUUUGGUGCUGAUCCCAACACAGCAACACGCGAUGCCUACACUUCUCUCCACAUUGCUGCCAAGGAUGGUCGAGCUGAUAUUGUCCAAUGUCUUCUAGCCAAUGGAGCAGAUUCUGAUGCAAGAACUAAGCGUGGCUUUACUCCACUCCAUCUGGCUGCCAAGCGUGGACGAGCAGAGGCUGGACGAACGCUACUGCAAGUGAUGCGUCCUGAGGCAGUCAACGCGGUUGGUAGAAAUGGCCUCACACCUCUCCACAUGGCUGCUCAUUACAACCACGUCCAGAUUGUUCAACUUCUACUGGAAUUCGGUGCUGAUCCUGAUCUAGCCGCGAGCAACGGCUAUACUGCCCUACACAUAGCAGCCAAACGAAAUCACCUGGAUAUGGCGUCCCUCCUACUAGCCAACGAUCGAGAUCCUAAGAGGAGCACAAAUCGGGAGUCGCGGUGUGGUUUCACACCUUUGCAUUUAGCUGCUCAGGAAGGCAGUACUGAUAUGGUUGGUCUGCUUCUCCUCAAUGGAGCUGAUGCUGAACACAAGGCCAAGAACGGUUUGACCCCAAUGCACCUAGCAGCCUUAGAGGACCACGUAACAGUGGCUCAGCAGUUGGUGCAAGAAGGAGCCAAGGCGACAGAUGUGACUCAAGCUGGCUACACACCCCUCCACACUGCUUGCUACGCUGGGCGUCUCAAUAUGGCGCGCUUCCUCGUUUCCCUGUCCUCUUCGGAUAUCAAUGCCAAGACUUGUGCUGGUUUUACCCCUCUUCAUCUGGCUGCACAACAGGGCCACUCGGAAAUUGUCUAUCUCCUUCUGGAACAUGGUACUGAUCCUAACGCCAAGAAUAAUGUACGCACAAGAGAGGAGUGGAAUCGUGGUCGAAAGUCGAAGACUUCAACUCCCUUAGAAGCUCUGGGAACUAAAAAUGAAGGCUGUACUUUGUAA